UUGGUCUUUAAUGAAAAAUCUGGCCUACCCGCGAAUACACAAACAGCAACAAAAGAAAAAUGGAAGUACAAACAGGCUGUGAAAAUAUGUUUACUAGCACUCCAAAAGCAAACGCCAGCAAAAAUAUGACUACAGAACGUCAUGAACGCAAAACAUUAGGAACACUUCAAGCUGAGACAGUUCCAGAAAGCAAGCAUCAUACUCCCUUGCCAAAAUGUAAAGACACAGUUGAAGGCAAACACAAGACUAAAGUAUAUUAUGGUGAAGUCCACUUCCCUAGCACACCCCACCUUGUGAAAGUCUAUGAAGAUAAAAGAGUGCCUGACAAAAGCUCAAUCACUCACUGCUCCAGAGGCUGCCAAACAGAUCCUUCACUCUUGAAUGAUUUAAUACAAAAAGAACUUGAGAAUCAAAUCACAGAUCCCAAUGACAGCGGCAGAGUGUCUGGAUUUAUCAACCAGGAAGUUCACGACCUGAUCGCCAAAGAAGAAAUAUCUGAACAUUACUGGAAAGAUUUGGCAGAGGAAAGACGAAGAGCAUUGAAGGAAGCCUUAUCUGAAAAUGAAAAGCUCUCCACUGAAAUUGAUUUGCUGAAAGAGGAAAACAACAGACUAUCCCAGAUUGCUGUCCAAGCUCAAUCUUUAAGAGACAUGCUAGAUGGCAUGAUAUCAGAUGACGAUCCUGAAGAAAGUGUUUUAGAGCAAGAUUCAGCUCUGUCUAAUGAUUCCAAAGACCCAGUAAGAGAUAAAGGCCAGCAAAGCCAAGAGUAAAGAGACUAUUUGUCAUUUACAUGAAUGAGUGUUGUUUUUAAAUUUAGUUAUAUGAUUUUUUUAAAAAUAUUAUAUAUCAGUGCAGAAGCUAGUCACAUUAUGACCACUCCUACAACCUGGACCUAAGAUUGAAAAGGUUGAAUGUUUGAUAGAAACUGCUUGCAGGUGUGAAAAUGAACUCUUGAGUUAUCAGGUUGUACUUUUACAAAUGAGAGCAAUUAUGAAAUAAAAUGUAUUAUGUUAAUUCACAAAGUAAUGUAUUUGUUGACAUUUUUGUUCAGCAUGUGUUCAAAUAAGGAGGUGCUGUGGCUGAGCAGCGAAGUGCCUGGCUUCCGAACCGGUGUCUGAGGUUCGAAUCCUAGUGAAGACUGGGAUUUUUAAUUUCGGUAGUUGGGGAAAAGUAAAGGCGGUUGGUCCUUGUGCUGGCCACAGUAACAGAUGACCUUUACACCAUCUGCCCUGUAGACCACAAGGUCUGAAAGGGGAACUUA